AUGGAUGAAAAACCAAAGAUAAAGCUUCGGCCGACAGAAGGUGUUGUCGACUAUGCUACGGAGUACAAAAAAGCAAUUACGGAUAAAAAUCAGUUAAUAAAUUCGGCUAAGUAUUUUUUGAAGAUGAGAACGAGUCAUUUGACCGAGGUAUUAGGAACAUGGGAAGAUAUUGUGGACGAUAUGGACUUGGAAAUUGCGGAGCUGGUACUCAACGAAUUUCUGUCCCCCAAAUGCACUCUUCUAGAGUUUGAGUUCAAAAAUCUGACAGUCGCUGGAAGAAAAAUAGCUGCAACAAUACCAGAGGAAGGAACUCCCGAAAAAGCAUUCAGUGAAGUCUGGCAACAACAUAUUCUAGGGAAAGUUCUUACGAAUGAGAACGUAUCUACCGUCUCAAUUCCCGAGAUAGAAACAACACAAGCCGGCGAUAAAACUGACGUCACGAAAAAAGCGGAGACUACUAGUGCAGAGAAAGAGGGCAAAUCUGAUAAGGACAACGAGAAAAAAGAAGUGAAAGAAGAGGUAGAUGAAAAGAAAGACGGUUUGACAGAUUCAGAUGAUAACAAAGAAGCGAAAACAGUUAAUGCGGAGCUAAAAGUCGAAAAGAAUAAAAAACAGGAAAUCGCAAUGGGAAUCUUAGUUUUUGAUCGUGCAUUUUCGAUCACCUGGAAAGUGGUCAACUGUCUUGUCUAUAUGGAAAUUCUCGAAAAUGUUCGGAAAGAUUGGGCAGGACCCGUAGCGACAGUGUUUGGACGAGUGCACAAAAUGCUGGUUGAAGAAAAUAUGGGGAUAUUCACCGAAGAUUCUGCAGAUUUGCUGAAAUGUGCUCAUCUUUUCAUUUUAAGAUAUCGCGGCGAGCUGGAUGAAGAUUUGUUGUUCCGACUCGGAUUCGGCUACUUGAGUAAAAAACUGCAUAUUCUUAAAAGAGACAACACAAACGCCAUGGCUAUUCUUAAUGUGGCAUCCCAUAUGGCGGAUCAGGAAUUGAAGAUAACCGAGGUUCAUAAACUUUUGGAGGAGGUGUUCAAUUUCGACAUUUUGCAACUUUAA